GGGACUUGGGAAGGGAGGCGCGGGCCGGAUUAUAGGCCCUUGCCACUCCUGGCAGACAUCACCUUCGCCUUUGGGCUUCCUCCCCUGACUGGGUGUGUGGCCAGGCGUGGGGCCAUUAUCUCUGGCGUGCCCAUCCCCUUGGCCUCUGGGCUCCUCUCUCCUGUAUACAGUCUUUCUUUCUUUGAGAUUGGAUUGCUCUGAACUGCCAUUAUUGGGUUACUUAUCUGGAGGAUUUCAUCCUGCUGUUAAGCUGAAGAAGGCGGGAGUUCCCAGAGGCUUGCAGCUAGGAGAUAUGGCACAAAAGGAAGAGGAGCUGGGAGGGAGGAGAAAUGAAAAGCAAACUUUGGCACUCGUUCUUAGUUACAGACUUAUUGUAACGGCCAACUGGGAUGGAAAAAUUCAAGGAUAGAAGGAAUAUUACUGAUCUCUCAUUACUGUAUUCCUUAUUUAUGAAGUGCCCAUCACGUUGGCAUCUGGGCUUCUGUGCUGUAUAAUUAGUACUUAACAGAUAUAACAGCCAAAUACUGAGUCAGAUCACUAAGUCCUAGUAUUGUCUCCUCUGACUGCUGGCAGCUCUCUGGGCCGGGUCUUUGGCAGAGAAGGGUCUUUCCUAAACGCCUUUAAGGGAAUGCCAAGGGGUGAACCUUUGGCCUUCUGCAUGCAACGCAGGUGCUCUCCCACUGGAGCUAUUCGACACUGAGGAACCCAGUGCAGCUUCUCCAGUGACAGCUGGUGGUUCCGAGGCCUACCCAGAAAUCGCAUUGCUGAGCUCUUUCUAGCUGGGUGUGAGACUGGUUGUAAUGAGGGGAAAGCACUCUACCCGUGCUCAGAUAUUUCUGUUCUGGGGCUGAGCCCAGUUUGAUACAUGUGUGAAGCUGCCUCAUCCUGGGUCCUGGGCUCUUUAAAGUGCAUGCUCCUUUCCUCUCAGAGAAAAAGGCCGCCCCCGCCAAGUCGCCAUGGCUGAAGCCUCUGCCUUGAUGCCCGGCCGGCCUGAUGAGGUGGCUGCCUUGCUCACCAACCUCCUGCUGUGUGGCGUGUGCCUGGGCUCUGCGGCUCAAACCUUCCAGAUCAAUCGAGGGGCUGCCGCUGGAUUUCUCCUCCAGGCUGUUGUGCCCCUGUUGGAUACGGCUGCCCUCCUUCCUGCUCCCCUGGGGCUGUCUUUGGAAUCUGCCCGCUGCUGCCCAGAUGAUGCCUGGGUCUGCACGGUGGUGGGGCUCCCCCUGCUGGCAUUCGGGUUCCACUGGCUGAACGGGGACUGCUCCACGGCGAAUGUCCUCCUGGGAGGGGCGCUGCUGCUGGCUGGAGGCUCGGACUACUACUCAGAGGAAGGCAGGGCCAUGGUGGCCCAUUCCGUCAGGUCUGUGGCCUCCAUCACCAUCCUGAUUGUUUCCGUCUUCACUGGGAACGCCUACGGCAUUGUGGGCAGCCUCCUGCUUGGCAUGGCUGAGCUCCUGGUGGAAACCCAGCUGCAGCAGCUGCUGGUGCUCAGGAAAGGGGACGCCCUUUGCGGUCUCAUGGCAGCAGCGAACCUGGCUUUGCGGUGGGCGCUCCAGAUGCAGCAACGAGAACUGGACUGAAGGCGGGGGGCGUCGGCCGGGGCAUCCAGCUGACGGUGUGGCCUGUGCAGCGUUAGAUGGAGGAGAAUCUGGCCAAAGCAAUUUGGCCCAAGUUUGAGAUGUGGGCUCUAAGAGGGCUGGCCUGCAACCCUGGGGGAUGUGCACACAGCAUCCUUGCUGACUGUGCGAGGGAUCCUGGGCACUACGCCUCUCGGAGCGCAGGCUGGUUCAUGGCUGGAGUUAGUGGUGGAACUGCAGGCAUAAGCCCCCCUCCCAUGAGAAGCCUGGCCCUGGGCUGGUGGGGAUGUGUGGGUGCCGCGGUGGUGUGUGUUGGAAGUUCCACCAAGACCCCUGCUGGGAUCCCUUGCCUGGCCUGUUGGUGCUUCUGUGUUUCAGGAGUCAGGAAGCCAGGUGGAAUGUGAAUGACUCUCCUUUGAAAUUGGGCCCCUUACAUUUGAGGAGGGCAGAGCAGGAAAAGCAGACUCUUAAGGGGCUUUGGGAAACCUUAGGGAGAGGUCAGGUUAUGGGGGGAGGAGUCCUCUGCUGGUGUCUGAGCAAGAUGGGACAGGCUGAGCAAGAGGUAGCAGGAGGGGAUUGGCUAGCUGCCAUCACCUGACAAAUUCUCCAGGUGCUGCCACUGGGAUGGCGUGACUGGAGGGCCCAGGCAGGUUGUGGAGCGUUCUGGAGUGUGAGGUGGAGCCUUCCUUUCCCAGGUCCUUGGCCAAGGGCCAUAGAGGGAGACCUCCAGUGCUUCAGGCAGCAAAUAUAGGUAGCCUGGCUCACCCCCUCUGGUCUAGCUUCUGCAGGGCCUGGUUCAGCUGUGGGUGUCUCUACUGCAGAAGAGCUGCAUGCAGCCAAGCUUUCUGGGCCAGCUUCUCAGUUCUGAGUGGCUCUGAGUUUGUUUGUUUGUUUUAAGAAAGCAGCUGAUAAUAAAUAAUAAUGUCACCAGCUCACCUAGAAGUCAGGCCCAGGCCCUCAGUUUGGAUUCUCCUUCCCUCCCUCUGGGGUGGCACUGAGUGCUGGAUUGAUGGCAGGUUCCCCCCCCCACCCUCGUUCUGUCUUUUUUUAAUGGGGAGGGAAACAAAGCAGAACUGAGAGCCAAGGUGGGGAUUGCAGCAGACACCCCCUUUCCAUGUUAACAGCCAUCUGAAAUCACCAGGCUCGAUCCAUCAGGAGGUUCUUCUGCACAAGCCUCACUGACAACAGCAGGAUGGGGAACAAGAACCCUUCCUUGGCCUUGGGCUUGCAGGCUUCCUGUAUAAGAUCCUAAGGAGAGCCUGGCUGCUGGAUCAGGCCAAUGGCCCAAUGGGAUGAGAUGCCCCAAUGGGAAGCCCAUAGACAGGUCAAGAGGGCAACAGCACUCUCUCCCCACUUGCGAUUCCCAGUCUACAGCCUCCACUGUGGGGGCAGAACACAGCCACCAUGGCUAGUAGCCGUCAGUAGCCUCCAUGAACUUGUCUCCCCAAACAUUCGGCUGUAAAACCUACCUACGUAGGUUAGGAAACAGAAUAAUUGAUCUGCCUUUCUAAUAAAAUGGGGGAUGUGUCAGAUUACGAUGGGCGUUAUUAACGCACGAUUUCACUGUAGCAUCUUGCAAAUGUACUAGGUGUGCCAUAUGUGUCGAACCUACAGACCCUUGCUUGAAACAGCUUGCAGUCCGAACCAGUUCUGCACAAAUGGCGAUUCACCAAGCUGAAUUGAAGUCUGCCAGCAGCUCAAUCAGGCAGCAAAUGCAAGAAGUCCAGUUUAGUGAUCUUGGCAGGCCAUCAUAUUUUGGCCAGUGGGAUGCCUCUUCACCUUGGUGGGUCACCUACUGCACAGGCCUGCUCUAAAUUGUGGAAAGCGCUGGUGCUUCACAUGCAGUGAUCUUUCGCAUGGAUAUUGCUUCCAGGUAGGGAGUUUGUGCUCUGGGAACACCUGCGACAACGUACUCCCAGCCUGCCUCCGUGCAGGUUUCCCCACAUGCAAGGCAUAUCUGUGGAGGCAGCAGUAACUUGCAACACAGUGUCCUAAGACCUCCAAGCUGUGCCUCUCCCUCAUUGAGCCUGCCACCUGCUCCUUUUCUCCGCCACUUAGCUAACUUCAAGAGCUCUUCAUGGUACUUUGGAUGCCUGCAUUUCCUGGUUCACAAACUCGGCCUUUCUGGACUCAGAAGUGAGGCAAGGAAGUGUUGCACGUUAAGGCCAUAACAAAGUUGUAAACCUUUAAAAAAACCCAAUAAAUACCUAGUUUGUUGUGGACUCUUU